AUGGCAGUUCAAAAUAAAGUUUUAUAUGCCUUCCGAGGGUGGAUAGCGUUUGUGGCUUUUAUGGACUUGGGAACUGCUGGGCGUUCUUAUAUCGAGAGGAGAUCGUUCUUAAGCCCUAAUGGUGAUAAUGACCAGUUAGAUGGUGAUUUCACAAUAUCCCGCAUGCUGGGAAUGUACUCUGUGUUAAAAGCAUUAGCCUUAAUUCACUGUACUCUAUAUAUACAUUAUAGGCCUGUUGUGUCUAUGGGGUACUGGUCUUUAAGCCUAACGAUAAUAUUAUAUGUCACUGAGGCUUUCUAUUUUCAUUCAACGGAUCUUAACUUUUACGUGGUGUUUCCAUGCAUAUUGAAUACAUUAACAUUAAUAGGAUUAAUAUAUCUCCCAUCGAAGUUAAAAUUGUGGGGUACAAUACCCGGCACGUCAGGCAUGGACAGAGACGUGGAUGAUGAAAAUACACAAAUAUUACGACAAAUGGGCAAUUUUAGAAGACGAAAAACUGGCAACCCUAUCAAAAACAAACAUGUC